UCUGCAGGAGUUAGUGCAUGUGAGCUGCUUUCUGAUGGAACUCAAGCUCUCCCAUUUCAUAUUGUUGCUGCUAGGACUUCCUGUUGCUUGUCUUAUUCACCUGCCUGUGAACCUCAGACGUAAGGACUCUGUGGGAGACAUGGCUGUGGGAAACCACAAAUGUGCCUUGGCAACUUCUGCUGACACCCAGGAAAACCUUCAAAGCAAAUCCAAAUGCUGUGGAUUUCUGUGUUCUCCCAAAGGCAGUGGGUUGUGUGUGAAGCUCGUGGAGCGUGUGCCACCUCUGCUGUCAGAGCAGGCUCUGGUUCUGAAAGUGCUUUCUUUGAAUGUGCUGAUCUGCUGGAGUUCUGCAAGGCACAAAUGAGAUCUGUUUUCUGGAGAGUGUCAAUUCCACACGAGGCACAGGUGAACAUGGCCUGCUGUAAGAGAACGGCUGCAGAGAGGGAGUAAACUCUGAGCUGUGUAUGAACAGGGAAACUGGGAUGUGACACUGUGGACUGAUCCCUGCCCUGCUGUUCAAAUGCAGGGGAUGGUGACCAGUCCUGUGCCUGGCUGUGGCAGAGCAGAGCUGGGCAGCAGGUCAUGGAGUAAUUGGGAAGCAGAACUUGUUUAUGACAAUAAACACGAGGGAGGGAAACGUGCCCUGAUCGUUCCUGCUGAGUCUUCUUGCCAUGUUUAAUUACCAAACACCCGCUGUGUUGUCCUGCCUUUAAUGGCUUUGGAAGCACAAUCCAUUAAAGGGAAUCUUGCUGGCAAAUGGCAGAGUGACUCGCUGGGAGACUUUGAUUUGUGACCAACUUCAGUGACGAAACUUACAGGCAGCAUGUGGCUGCCUUGAAAUGACCUUUUGGACACACUGAUGAGGAGUUUGGGCCUGAUCCUUUUACUUUGCUUGUUCCUCCUGGCCUGCUCUGCUUUUCUGACUCUUGCCCGUUUUUUAUCACCUCAGAGCAUGCUCUCCCUGGGCCGGGCAGGUGUGCACAUGCUCUGGGAAUGCUGUAAACAUUCUGCUGCAGCAUCCCAAUCUGCCACCCUCCAGCCCUGCUCUCCCAUUGGAGCCAGGACACUUAGUCAUUGAGUAUUCUGGGGUUGGGCCAAACUCUAGUUUUCCAAAGUAGUCUUUUUAUUCCUUGCCAAGCUGGGGCUAUCAGUCAAAACAGAUGAGCAUAAACAAGAAACUUCACUUUCAUCACGGAAAAGCGUUGGUACAAACAGGCAAAGGAGCUGAUUGUUUGGAGGUGCUUGAGUGGUGCCUUUCACUAUCUACAGAAACCUUCUGGGUUUGGAGCUGAGUAAGAGACUGCACUGUCAAAUUAAACUUCAGUUCCAGUUGUUUACUGCUUGUCUCUGGAAGGGAAGUGCAGAUCAAGGACAAGGCGCCACAUUGGCUCCAGGAGUUUGGUCUGCAUCUCUGGGGAGGGAAAAUAGAGGAAGAGAUGAGUUACCCUUGAAAAAAUAUUUCAAAGUCCUCUACUGUGGAUUAAGUACACCUUACAUCCUCACUGUUCACAGCAUCUUAUUUUUGGGCUUUGCUAGCAAUGAACAUUUAUGCAUGCAAACAACAUGGCUGAAGAACUAAAAACUGCAUUGGAAGAAAACUUUACUUGGUGGUGUUGCUCCUGGUCACAAAGCCCACAGAGCAAGCAGUGUUCUCCAGCAAUGGUCUUCAUUUUGAAUGAAUUAGAACCUGGAACACUAUUUAGAGCUUGGAAGGAUGAGAGAUGGAGAAAAUCAAGUGUCACCAGGCCUGUGAAAGUUCACAGAGUAGAAACUGGGAACUGUGUGCUGCUGGAGAGUUUCUGCCUUUGGUGCAUUUAAAGAGGACAGCACAGGAAUCAUCAUCCACAGGAGUGUCAGGAGAGCACCAGAGCCUGGCUGAAGCUCCAGGCUGCUGCUGUGCUAACAGGCUGCUGCUGGGCAGGAUUUUUCCAAGAUCACUGGCAAGAACCUCUUACCUGCUGUUCUGGUCUGAUGGUUUUGUGCCACCAUCUGGUCAGAAUUUUUCUCUAAUUUGCUCAUUAUGAGCUCCUUCACCUGGAAAGGAGCAGGUCUGCCUGGCAGCUCCUGCUCAAAGCAGGCCUCUGCUGCCCGGGGGAAAAGCAGGGGAAGUGGAGCUGAGGAAGAGGAACACCCCUACGAGCUGUUGCUUACAGCAGAAACUAAAAAGCCGGUUGCAGUGGACAGGAAAACAAAAGACCACAGGAGGAGCAGCGGCGGCCGCAGCCAGGACUCUGCCGAGAGCCAGGACAUCCAGGUGCCAGAGCAGUUUUCAGGCUUGCUCCACGGCUCUUCUCCAAUCUGUGAGAUAAGCGAGGACCCUUUCAGGCUCGUUUCCUCCGCCGACAAGGGGGACACAGAAGCCACGAGCCACCCUGCUGCUAUGCAGCUGGAGGACGCCGAGUUACCCUCGUCGGGACCAGCAGGGAGCAGCUCCCCAGACCCCACGCAGACCGUGGUGUACGCCACGGUGCAGCACGUCAGCCGGGCGGAUCCCGGCGCCGCAGUCACGCCCCACGUGCAGCAGCACCCCGGCGGUGCUGAGCCAGAGGGGGACAGAGCUGUGUGCAGAGCCCACCCGGGCAGCAAGCCCAAAGCCGAGCUCAAACUCAGCCGCAGCCUGUCUAAGUCGGACUCUGACCUGCUGACCUGCUCCCCGACGGAGGACGAUGCCAUGGGGAGCCGCAGCGAAUCGCUCUCCAACUGCAGCACCGGGAAGAAGCGGCUGGAGAAAUCCCCAUCCUUCGCUUCGGAGUGGGAUGAGAUUGAAAAGAUCAUGAGUUCCAUCGGUGAAGGCAUUGACUUUUCCCAGGAGCAGCACAGGAUCUCAGGUUCGCGGAUGCUGGAGCAGAGCGUUGGGGAGUGGCUGGAGUCCAUCGGCCUGCAGCAGUACGAGAGCAAGCUGCUCCUGAACGGCUUCGACGAUGUUCGCUUCCUGGGCUGUAAUGUCAUGGAAGACCAGGACCUUCGGGAUAUCGGGAUCGGUGACCCGCAGCACCGCCGGAAGCUGCUCCAGGCUGCUCGCUCCCUCCCGAAGUUGAAACCCCUGGGCUGUGAUGGGAAUAGCCAGCCAUCAGUUCCUGCAUGGCUCGACUCCCUGGGGCUGCAGGAUUACAUCCAGUCCUUCCUCUCGAGUGGCUACAGCUCUAUCGACACUGUGAAAAACCUCUGGGAGCUCGAGAUAGUAAAUGUGCUGAAAGUGAACCUGCUGGGCCAUCGGAAGAGGAUCAUUGCCUCACUGGCAGACAGACCCUACGAGGAGCCACCAGCCAAGCCACCACGGUUCUCUCAGCUGAGAUGCCAGGAUUUGAUGUCGCAGACGUCGUCACCCCUGAGCCAGAACGACUCCUGCACAGGCAGAUCUGCUGAUCUCCUGCUGCCCGCCGGGGGGGACACUGCCAAGAGGCAACACGAUCGUGGCACUGAGGUCACUCCCUACUCCAGAGCUGAGCGCUACAAAGCACAGGAGGACCGUCGGGAGUCCAAGCUGACCCUGCGCCCCCCCAGCCUGGCAGCCCCAUAUGCCCCUGUGCAAAACUGGCAGCACCAGCCCGAGAAGCUCAUCUUCGAGUCCUGCGGGUACGAGGCCAACUACUUGGGCUCCAUGUUGAUCAAAGACCUCCGAGGGACAGAGUCUACCCAGGACGCCUGUGCCAAGAUGAGGAAAUCCACGGAGCACAUGAAGAAGAUCCCAACCAUAAUCCUGUCCAUCACAUACAAAGGAGUGAAAUUCAUCGAUGCCUCCAACAAGAAUGUCAUUGCUGAGCACGAGAUCCGGAACAUCUCCUGUGCUGCUCAGGACCCUGAGGAUCUCUGCACAUUUGCCUACAUCACCAAGGACCUGCAGACCAGCCAUCACUACUGCCAUGUCUUCAGUACUGUGGAUGUGAACCUGACGUACGAGAUCAUCCUCACGUUGGGGCAGGCAUUCGAGGUCGCCUACCAGCUCGCCCUGCAAGCCCAGAGGGCAAAGCCUCUGGGUGCUGGAGCAGGAGAAAUGAUUGAAACAAAAUCUUCCAAACCGGUGCCUAAACCACGAGCAGGCAUGAGGAAAUCCGCGCUGGAUCCCCCUGAAGUGGACCAAGACUCCCAGUCUCAUGCCAGUGUCUCCUGGGUCGUGGACCCCAAGCAGGACUCCAAGCGGACCCUCAGCACUAAGUAUGAGACCACUAUCUUCUAAAGCAAACGCCCGCGUCCGCCCCGUCUAACCGUGCCUUUGCGAUCUGAUCUGUCUGCUCUUCUAAACUCCCUCUUCCUCCAGCUGCUCGCCCUGAGCCCGCGUAGGCACCGCGUCCAAGGCAGCAGCACUUAGGAGACUGUAGACUUAAACGGCUUUUGUACCUGAUCGCUGCUGAACACUGUGAAUCUCCUUACUCGGAAACAAGGGUAACGCGCUGUAGCUGCCCCUGAGGCGGGAGGAGCAGAGAGGGCAGGCUGCCAGUCGGAGAUGUGGAUCCAGAAAAGCCGCCCACUAUUUUCACGUCUUCCCCCCUUGCUCUGGCACUGUGAAUCCCUGGGGCAAUGUGAUGCUCCCCAGGCCUUUUUUUUUUUUCUAUCUCACCUUGUCCUUGGACUGAUGGAGACCUCUUGUCUCUACGGUGCACACACUCCCUCCUCCUAGAUCCUUCUCUUCCCGACUGAGCCACGGCUGUGUACUGUUCAGUGAACUCACCUCUCCUUCCCUGCCAGUCGAACCGACACUAACCACUGUGAUGCUCUCUGCAAAUAACACACGGGCACUUCCAUUUCCUCACGGCCACCCUUGCCCACAGUCUCCCUCCUCCAAGCCCAGCACAGAACUUGCUCUGGGUCGUGGGGGAGCGUUGGUUUAGGCUGGGUGUGAUGGUUCCCACUGUGAGCUCCGUCCCCCCAGACAUGAGGGGACAGUUGGUUGCAUGCAUUUCAGUCCCUUGUAGGUUUUUCUUCCCCUCAUAGUCCUUGUGUUUACACUUGCCAGACUUCUCCUGAGUGCUGGUGUAGUUCUCACAUGGCAGCCUGUGGUUUAAGCUUUCAAAGGCACAUGUUUUUGUUAGCUGCGGGCUGGGGAGGGGAGGUGUCAGCUGGACACCACAAGCAGCAUCAGCAGGGAGAGGUCAGGGAGCAGCCCUGGGUUAUUUGCCCCUGGUGUUAGGGCCCAGCAGCAGCUUGUCUGAGUUUUGCUAUGGCUUUGGAGCUGCUGCCUCAGAUCUUACAUUUCCCCUCACCUGUGGUGAAAUCUGAUGUUUCAAAGUCCUUAUUUAACUCUUUCUCAGGAAUGAGUUUGAUCUCCCAAGUCAUUUGCAACUUAAUGGCAGACUGACCUCAGACUGAGGGCUCAGCUAGUGGGAACCCAGUGAGAGGACUAAAAGUGUUGUCUUAAAGCAAAAAAAAAAAAAAAAACAAAGGAAAGCUCAGUGUAGUGCAUACAUUUCAUAUGCCACAGAGUCCCCUGACACAGAGUCAGCACUGCCCAGGCCCUGCAGGGCCACACUGCCAGCCCAGGCCUUGUGGACAGCAGAACAUUGCUGUGCCUGAGCUUCUCUGGGAGGUUGGGUUUGGGUUCCUUCAGCACUUUUCCAAGCUGUAAGAAUGCCCUGAAGAUUUCUGUGUCCCUUUAAGAGAAACUAAGUCCCUGGUGUGGGUGGCAGAGCAAUUUCUGUGUGUAGGUGUUCACCAUGCAGCUGCCACACAUCCGCCCAGUGUCAGAGAGUCUGAGCUCUUCAUCUCCCCCUGCUCUCAGCUGGGAAGGGCAGGUCCAUCCACACCCCCUAAAUCGGGGUCAGGAGAGCAUGUGCCUUUCUAAAGGUGACCAAACCCAGCGGGGAUCACAGGCAGCCCUGCCCAAACCGCGCCGCUGCCGCUCUGUGUCCAUAGCCCUGAUGGUUUUUGUGUCCCAUCUCCGGGCCGUUCACCUCGCCUUUCCCAGCACGUGUUUUUUGUAUAGCUCGGAAAUUCAUUCCAUUAUCUUCCUUUCUGUUUGCCUCUGCGAAGCUGAGCUCCAGGCAGCCGUCUCCUACCACGGGAUGUAAUAGCGGGGCAGAGACCUGGGAUGCAGUGGCCUCCUGACAUGAAGAUCAUCUCCCUCUGGCACGGGUGGCUGCCUCGGAGUGGGUGCGUGGCUGCUCGGUGAGGGCUCCCAGAGCAGAGGGGGGAAGGGACCCAUCCUCCACCGAGGAAAGCCUCUCUCUCCAUUCCUAGCGAAGGAAAACUCGAGACUCGGAGGCCGAGAGCGAUGUCGCCUUUUCUAGUUUGAGACAAAACAUCUUUCGACCCGUUUCUUUUUUAACGAAGUGACACAGAGCAAAUCCGGUUCACGGUUUCAAUGUAGCGUUGCAGCUUUUUCGUGAGGAAAAAAAAAAAAAAAACAACACAAAUUUUUAUUUACUGAGAAUCCCGCAGUCCGGCGAGAAGCACGAUAGAAAGUCUUAGCAGGGGCGUGGUGUGCGCAUUUCUGACGGUACUUACUCUGCUUCAGCUCUGGGGGAACAGGAGAGAACGCCAAAUUCUUGGAGAUCGCUUCCUCCCAUGUGAGAACCUGGUGGUCUAAAUCUGCAUCCAAGCCACUCCACGCUUUUGUAGCAAAUGGAAGCAACUUGAGGAAAAGAAUCUGCAAAGGAUCUUUCACCCCAGAGCAGCUGUGGCCAAUAUCCUCGAUGGUACAAAGCUUCCUUAUCCCCCUGAACUGUCGUGUUGCAAUACUUGACAUUUCUAUGGCAAGGACCCCGUUUCUUCCCAUUUCCGCACUGAAUUCCUGGGGACGACUCCCUGCUCCAGCCUCUGUGCACCUAUCUUGUUUUUAAAUGCAGUUAUGCCCUGAAGGGUUGGGGUUUUUUUUAAGUAAAUUCAAUUGUGAUUUAGCACUUUUUUGAUACUAGCUGAUUAUUUAAUUAGUGCAACCGUUUCAGAAGAUGAACAAAUAAGGAGUUAAAUUUUGGGCAUUACACUGAAACAGUCCAUCCCCAAGGACAAACCACAUCAGCCUGAGGGUGGCUUGGCCCUAUCUGAGCCCAGUGUCCCCAAAGACACCACCUCAAAGGUGCUGUGUGCUUGCUUUUAUUCCGAAUUACAGAGUGUUUCACAGUGGUUUGGGCUGUGACUGACGUGCUUUCAGACUGUUCCCCUCUGGGGAGAAUGUUCAAAUGGUUGUGAUUUGAAUUCUUCAGAUGCAAAAUGUAGCGCAGCGCGUCCGUCAUGAUCUCUUCAGGCCCUGGCAGGGCUGUGGGACCUGCUGCUACAUGGGAACGCUGUGCCCAAGUAAUUCCUGUUUAACUCCAGUUGCUGCUGUAUGUCAGGAUUUCCUUUAGUCUCUCUCACCAGUGAGGCUGGGAGGGAAGUGAACCAUAAUCCCGAGGGCACAGACCUGUAAAGGAUUGGGAAGGAGGAGUGGAGAUUUUGGGUUAAGUCGAUGAAUUUAGGAAACCUAACAUUCCUUGUUAUGCACAUGUUGCAAUUCAUACUGGUGUAAAUGUAAAUAUUUGGUGUGUUGGCAACAAGUCUUUGGUGAGAUUGCAAAUUGAACCUCUGCUUGGGAGGAGGGACGCCUUUCCUUUCUGACUCGUGAGCUUUUUUUGGAGGUUGGCUUGGAGGUGACGUGGUGAUGAAGACUCCAAUCUUCAGGCACUGGGCUCAGGGACCCUGGUGGUCCAUCCCAGCCCCAUGUGUAAACCUGUGGUUGUCUUUAGUGAUCCAUUCUUUAGCCAGAUACUCCCUUUCUCACCUCACAGACAGAGCAGUUGUUUUGGCAGUUCAGUGUGGUGGGGUCUCUCGAGGGACUCGGUGCUGGAGACUGACCCUGGGCUGUGCCACUUGCUGGCUCCUGGCCAUCUUCACCCACCCACUGUGCAGUAUUCAGGCUCUUCCUCCCUGCAGGGUUUUGUGCUAUCUGGAGGAAAGUGCCCCAAAUUUCUGGUGCUGAACAUGACAUUGCAUCCAACUGCAUCUGCUGUAUUACCUGCCAAGGAGGAGCUGGGGCUGCCCUGGGCCUUGUUCCUCUUUUUAAAGACAGAUUUUGUUUCACAGACUUUGGUUUGUGGACUGAGCCCUCACUCACGCCCGGCAGACAAAGUUGCCGAGUUUUGUCUUUCUUUUUAUAGGAGGGAAUGAUUUUUUUUUCAAAUUGAAGAUGCUUUAUCCUUUUUUUUUUAUUUUGUGUUUACAAAGGAGAAAAAGAACAGCUCUAAUCUUAGCUGUUCAGCUGAUUUUAACCUUGCUUUGGGAUUGUUCUUUUUAGAAGAAAUUAUGCAACAUUUUUGGGGUACACACCUGUCCCCCCUCCCAGAGAGAAGAUGCAGCACCUUCAAGGCUGUGCCUGUAGUGAAGUCUGUACCUUCAGGAGACUGCUGAGACACAGAGCAGAUGCCAAAAAGCCCCAAACACGUCCCGUUCUGUGUGCAGCUGAGGUGGAGCCAAUGCUUUAAUGCUCCUUCCACCACCUCAGAAGUUUCCAGCAGCAGCAGCAUUCCCCUGGCUCUGCUCAGAUCUCUGUUUUGGAGCUGGCACAGCGCUCACAACGCUGUCGUGUUGCAAAGGUCUCCCCUUUAGAUCUCACAUUGGUAUUACCUUAAUUAUGAUUUCCCAAAAGAAAAGUACCUGUGCUGUUCUCGCUAAGUCAACCCAGCUCAGACAUUUUUCUUACCCACAGAAGAAUAACCUGGGAUUCCCUGACAGGGCAGAGACAGUCGAGUUCAGUUUGCAAUGUGGACAUUUUUGCUAAUUGUGAUGUAUGGCAGUGGGGCUGAUUUGUAAUACAAAUGUUAUUUAAUCUGUCUGUAUUUUGAUACUUGAAUUUCCUUUUAUUUCCUGUAUAUACAAUUGUUAAUCUGUUCAAAUUUGUCUGAAUUUUAAACAUCUUGUGGUACCAAACAUAACCAAUCUGUGCAACAACAUAGACUGACCUCACUACAACAAGGCGAGAUUGUAAAUAUUCCUGGGCUUCCAGCAGUCGUUUUGUUGUUUUCAUAAUUGUACAACUUAGAACAGACCGAAUUAAUAAACAACCUUAGACACA